GUCUUUCUCUGUCUUCGCUGAGGCAGCCAUCUUGCUCUUGCCGCGUGCUGGUGUUUGAGGACCCUCCCUGCUUCAGGGUACAGCUCGCAGAAAGAAGAAGGUGGUACAUAGGACAGCUACAGCUGAUGACAAAAAGCUUCAGAGUUCUCUUAAAAAACUGGCUGUGAAUAAUAUAGCUGGUAUUGAAGAGGUGAACAUGAUUAAAGAUGAUGGAACAGUUAUUCAUUUCAACAAUCCCAAGGUCCAAGCUUCCCUCUCUGCUAACACCUUUGCAAUUACUGGCCAUGCAGAAGCCAAACCAAUCACAGAAAUGCUUCCUGGAAUAUUGAGUCAGCUUGGUGCUGACAGCUUAACAAGUCUUAGGAAGUUAGCUGAACAGUUCCCAAGGCAAGUGUUGGAUAGCAAAACACCAAAACCCGAAGACAUUGAUGAGGAAGAUGAUGAUGUUCCAGAUCUCGUAGAAAAUUUUGAUGAGGCAUCAAAGAAUGAAGCUAACUAAAAUCUUUUCUGGUUUUUGGAAGCUGGCAUGGACUAGAUUUAGCAAAUCAGCUAUGUGGUUCCAAAGUUUUACGGACACAGAGAACAUCACCUGUUACUAGUUCAGUAAUAUAAAUAUUUUGUAUAUUAAUAAUGCUGUUUGUUCAGCAUUUUUCGGUCAUUUGAUUUUGCAUUUUGCACUUCCUCCCAGGAUCUAAUCUUUUAGUCAAAAUGCGAAGUAUCGGUGCAGUUUGAGGGUUAUUUUGGGGUUUUGAUUCUUGGUUUUUUGUUUCUUGUUGGGGGAUUUUUGGUGUGUGUAUGUAUAUGUAUGCGUGUGGGGUAUGUAUGUGUAUACAGUGGAGAGAAAAUUGGAAAACAGUUCUAUUUAUCCUUCCCCUUUCCCUAGUAGAAAUAAAACAAAUCUUUACAUUUGUUACUUUUUUUCCCCCCAAUAAUGCAGAGUUACUGAAAAAUGAGUGUCUUGGAUUUCAAAUCAGAAGAGAUUUUACCAUUGGAGGUUUGGUUUAAAUUCCUGUGUAUUUUUGAUACAUUUUCUGGGUUUAAACUGUAUGGAGAUAUUGUACCAUCAACUUCAUGCUGGAGUAAUGGGUAGCAUAUCUUUGGUACAGUUGCUUUAGAUUCACUUACCUAGUCAGACCCUGAAGAAUUUCCUUUACUAGCUUUUUUCCUUUUUCCUAAUUCCCUUUUUCCUCUCCUGUUGGUAUCAAAAUGGCCUGGUCCACCUUUGGUAAUGCUCUUACUUAUCUUCCACUUAGCCUGAGAAGGUAUUCUCCAUACAGAGUCGAGUGAGUGCCUAAUCCCUCUUUGUAAGAUUUUGUUUCCUCAUCCUGAGGAACAGCAGCUCCUUCCUCAAAUUGUUAUCUCCCUUUGAUCUUAUAGUUUGGGAGAUUUCAAACUGGAAUAGCUAGCAUGUGCUUGCUAAAUAAUUUUAUGUCAGCCUUACCCUAUAUUCUAGCUGUUCUUAGUAGCAAGUAUAAAUAUGUCUCUUUUUCAGCAAGGUUGAAAUUGGAAAUAUCCUUUUGAAUCAGGAAAAAAAAAAGGCCAUAGACUCAUCCCCUAGCACAAGACAGGCAUUCUAUAAAAUGGUGUUGGCCUUAGGAGGAUUUCUUCAACCGCUCUCCUACUCUUGGCCUUGGACCUACCUCUGAUUUGGAUCUUACUAUUGUAGCUGCUCAUAGCACCCCUCCUGCAUGCUUAGAGUAAUGCUUUGAGGGGAACACUGGUAAAACACGGUAUUUAUUUUUUCACCUCCUUUCAGAAGGCGUGGAGGUAAGUUGCAUUCAUUCACUCAAGUUUCCCUCUUGCUGUCUGAUAAAAGCUUGCAUUUUGCUAUGUCAGCAUUUAUUAUAGCCAAUAGUUAAGAAUAAGACUUUAGAAAAUCUUUUGUUUCUGGCCUAUCAUCAAACUAACUAUGGCUUAAUCUUGCAGCAUAUCAACUCUCAUUUCAAGCUAGAUAUCUUUAUUUGAUAUCUAAAGUGCAGGACUAACAACGUAUCAAGAAAACUUUAGACAUGAAGGCAAAGCUCUUGUGUUUUUUCAUCCAAACACCUCAAUUUAUUUUAUAAAUUUGUUCAUUUUUCCUGUUAUGUUUUCUAUAAUAUAUGGACUUAACUACAAAAUAAAAUAACAGUACAAAAGAGGAUAAUAUUUCCUCUUGUGCUUCUCU